UCAUCGUCCAGAGUCUCGGUCACCACAAAGCAAUUAUCUGAAAUGAAGUGCAUCAUUGCCGCAGUUGUCAUCGCUUUCGCUGUUGCCGCCGAAGCCAGCUGGGGAUCAUGGGGAACCGUUGUCCAGGCUAAUGUUCCAUCAUGGCCAGCUGCGCAUUGGGAUGGUGCUUGGUCAAACGCUGGUGCUUACGGUGCGUGGCCAGCUGCUUGGUCUGGUGCUGGACAUUGGGGUGGUGCUUGGCCAGUCGCUGGUCACUGGGGUGUUCCAGCUGCCUCGGUUGCCCAUCAUGCUGGCGUUGUCCCUGGAGCGGUCUCUGUGAACGCCAACCGUGGUGCUGUUCACGUUGCUCCACUCCCAGGUCAUGCCAUCUCUCAGAAGCAGCUCAACCUUGCCCCAGCUCCAGGAACCCUGUGAAAUGCCAAAAAACUCAUUUUGCCUGCUCCCCUUCCAAACAACAAGGCGAUGAUUAUGUACUAAGUCAACUGUAAG